AGAUGAAUGCCAGAGGACUUGGAUCUCAGUUAAAGGACAGUAUUCCAGUUACUGAACUUUCAGCAAGUGGACCUUUUGAAAGUCAUGAUCUUCUUCGAAAAGGCCUUCCUUGUGUGAAAAAUGAACAUUUGCCCAGUCAUCCUCUUGAAUUAUCAGAAAAAAAUUUCCAGCUCAACCAAGAUAAAAUGAAUCUUUCCACACUAAGGAACAUCCAGGGUCUAUUUGCUCCACUAAAAUUACAAAUGGAGUUCAAGGCAGUGCAGCAGGUGCAGCGUCUUGCAUUUCUUCCAAGUUCAAACCUUUCACUGGGUAUCUUGAGGGGUAACGAUGAGACUAUUGGAUUUGAAGAUAUUCUUAAUGACCCGUCACAAAGUGAACUAAUGGGAGAACCACACUUGAUGGUGGAAUAUAAACUCGGUUUACUGUAA